UAUUAGUUCAUUACAAAGUUAGUAAAAACCUACAAAUCAGUCUGCAUAUAAUUGUUACAGUAUAAAAUUGAAAAAGAGAGAUAACAGUUCCAUGAAUAAUGAUGCAUGGUCGAAAUGGAACGCAGAUAAACGAUUUGCGAACAUGAUUGAACUUAGUCCAGUCUCAGCAUUAGAUGUGAAGUGGUAGCAUAUUUGGACAAUUUUAGAAAAAUUUAAUACUUACUUUAAGAAUUCACUGGAGGCUAAUUUUACCAAUGUGAUUAAUUCCGGAGACAUUUGUUUGGAUUUCAUUAAAAAAUAAUCUUCAUUAAAUUAAAUAAUGUAACUUAGUUAUCUCAAAGAAUGAAUCAGUGAUUUUUUUUUUUGAAAAAUUUGUUUGUAAGGUGUUCAUCUACUUCGCACACGUGUUUCAACAUUAUGGCAGAGGAAACGAGAGCCCUGUACUGCGGAUAUCCAGCUAGAAUAGUUAUUGCAAUUUCGCUUUUAAUUUGCGUAUUUUUUAAUGCCAUUUUGCUGAAUAAUAAUGGUCCAAAGUUCCUAAAACACCUAAUGAAUAAAAACGAAUUCAAAUAUACUUGGUAUUUUACUCUACUUCAACCUAUUGUAUCAUAUUUUGCGGUCUUAAUUUUGAUCAAAUCUGAUACGCAAUCUUCUUCAAGAAGUAAAAUCUGGACUCGAACACAAACGGUUUUACUUGCCUGCAUUUCCUGUAUGCAAAUACUCGAGUUCUUCGCCUUUACUGCACUCCAAAUUAGUAUAGCUCUUUCAAAAGAGAAUGAUGAUGUAAUUUGGAUGGCAAUUAUUUUAUUAUGCUGCUGUUUCCAUUCGUAUUCCAGCAUGUUGAUAAUGGAUUUUGCAUUUGAAACAUCGCAACGAAGCUCGAAAGAUGAUAACAAUGGUCUUGAAGACGUGGUUAUUUCAAGCUCACCAUCGGAUGCUUCUCCUCCUUCUUAUGAUGAUGUAUGCUCGUUGGAAUCUGAGAAUGCGCAUAAAUUACAUUCGCAGACACCACCUCCGAGUUAUGCAGCUAUUUUCAACUUUCCAGCGGAUAAUAUACAUAUUUAAAGGAGUGAGGUAUAGUGAAGAUAAAGUUGUCUAUCUUCAAGUUGGAAGGUACUUAACUACCUACCCUACAUGUUCAGCAAUUCAUUUUGCUUGCUAUCUAUUUCCUCGUACACAGAAAAUGAAUUUUUUGUAGGAGGGGGAGGGGGAUGCAAGUUCUAGUACUGAUAACGGUGCUCAGAUCUUUCAACUCCAUUUUCGACUGUGGGCCCUUCCACCUUGACUCAACCAACGUUUUUGAGUCAUGUCCUUCGAUUUCGCUCGAAUUUUUUUCACAAUAUCUACCCACUCAAUAAGUAAGAAACCCGCAAUCAGUUUGGUCCUCUGCCCUCAAAGGGGGGCAGGUGGGAGGCUUCCAUUAUUUUCACAUUGUCUUGGGGUACUCAACUUCAGCCGCGCAUUCCUCCAAUGUUAUGGUACGUUGAUCAAAACCGGUUUCACAGUUCGAAAGGGCAUCGCAUUUUGAACUUUUUAAGCAUUUUGAAAUUUUCAAAAGUUGAAAGUUGGAACCUCCAAAUUGGAAGUUUAAAUUUCAAAACGGCGCUGUAGGUGAGAGCUACCAUUUAAAAUUCUGAAACAAUUUUCAUAGUUGAAAUUUUUGAGGCUUUUUUGAAAUACUUAAUUUUCGAGAUGGGAUCUUAUGAUGGAAGGGAGGCACCUCCUCCCCCAAAUUGAAAAAAAAACUUUUUAAAAAAAAUCUGGGGCAUGUAAUAAGUACAUUGAAUUGUCAGAGGGAGAUGUAUGGCCACAGGGUUACUUGAAUGAAAGUAUUUUAUGUACCCUAAUUUGGGUAACACAGCAAAGAGCAUCUGUCGAGGCUACGUGCCUACUGAGUGGUGCAAGGUGCAAUGUUCAUCGCAGUCUUAUCCAUAUCCAAGUUGAGGCUGUCAGUAUUUAUAUGUUCUUUAUUUAUUCAAGAGGAUCUUCCUCGGUUUAAUGUGUUAUGUAUAAGUUAGAUAUUAAGGGUGAAGAGGUUUUAUCCUCAUACAUAUUUACGAGUAUGUGCAUUCUUUUAUAUAUUUGUGUAUUGUGUAUUAAUCUUGAUAAGAGGUGAUAAUAAAAUAGUACAUAGUCGUGCUUAUUUUGUGAAAUGUUGUUACCUUUCACGGCCAUAACUCGUUUGCGCACAAAUGGGGGGAACUGGCCCAAGUAGGUAGAGGUAGUUUGCGCACAGGGUAGCC